CCGUUGUCGAGAAUACGCGUAUUGGUCGAUACGCUACGUUUCAGGAUUCGGCUUUCAGGACGUUCAGUGACUAGUCGCAGGCUGUCCUGAAAACAUCGCACCCUCUCUCUCCCUUCUCUCACAGCCAACGUUUCAUGAGAGAACUUCUCGUUUCAGUGCGAUAAUGUGCCAACCUAAAAAUCGGCCAGUCUCUUCACCCGCGUCGCAAAGGAUUAUGUGAAUUGCACGUUUUCAGUGGGUGUCCUUAGAAAAUAGCCGCAGGAUAAUAAACAUGAAACUGGGAAUGUGGCCAGUGGACAGAGAAGCUCUUAAAAGAGAUGGGCUGGUACUUUUUAGUAAACUUAUUCGCACAAAAAACGUAGAUGGACUCCAAGAACAAAACCGGCCCCAACCAACAGACGACCGAAAACAAAAACUUACGAAAUGUUUGACAACGCUGGAUUUAACGUCCCUGGGCGUGGGCAGUUGCGUGGGGACCGGAAUGUACCUGGUUGCCGGAAUGGUAGCCAAAAAUGUAGCCGGACCAGGUGUCAUCAUCAGUUUUAUUAUCGCAGCAGUUGCCAGUAUCUUUUCCGGAGCGUGUUAUGCAGAGUUUGGGGUUAGAGUUCCACAUACCACAGGAUCGGCUUAUAUGUAUUCUUACGUCACAGUGGGAGAGUUUAUCGCCUUCAUCAUUGGUUGGAACAUGAUUUUAGAGUACAUGAUUGGAGGUGACCCCGAUUUCCUCGCCUUUAUAAUUACGUUGCUGAUGAUGCUCCUGCUUGCGGCAGGAGUAAAAAAAUCGCUUAUUUUUAACAACGUAUUGAACAUCAUCAACUUGGCGGUGUGGGUGUUCGUGAUGACUGCAGGGCUUUUUUACGUUAAUACGGACAACUGGACAGAGCACAAAGGCUUUCUUCCCGAAGGAUGGUCUGGGGUUUUUACAGGAGCAGCCACUUGUUUUUAUGCCUUUAUUGGAUUUGAUAUUAUAGCCACUACUGGGGAGGAAGCGACAAAUCCUAAAAAAUCCAUUCCUCUUGCCAUUAUAUCAAGCUUGGGGAUUAUUCUUAUUGCUUAUGUCACCAGUUCCAUGAUGCUUACCUUAAUAAUUCCAUACACAGAAGUGGAUCAAGAUUCGGCCUUAGUGGAAAUGUUCGGGCAGGUGGGGGCUUACAAAUGUAAAUAUAUUGUGGCAGUUGGAGCUUUGGCAGGACUUUCCGUCAGUAUGUUCGGUUCAAUGUUCCCCAUGCCCAGAAUUAUUUAUGCGAUGGCACAAGACGGGUUGAUAUUUAGGAUUUUUGCACAAGUUUGGCCCAGUACAGGAACACCAGCUCUUGCAACAUUCUGUAGUGGUAUGGCAGCAGCUGUGGCAUCACUUUUUAUACGUUUAGAAAUCCUUGUAGAAAUGAUGUCUAUAGGUACCCUUUUGGCUUACACCCUGGUCUCAACCUGCGUACUCAUCCUGCGAUACCAACCCCACUCGACAAACUUAGUGGAACUCCUUCCCCAAAGUUUGAGGACUCCUUUGCGCGGCAGCCCCACGAAGGAGGCCAUGCAGCAUAGCCCCAACAAAGAGGUUCUCUAUGGGAACCAGCUUCAGCCGGACGCUUUGAAACAAGCAAUGGACGCCAACAUACCUGCUCCAUCACCGUCACCUUUACCCUCCCAAACCACGCAAAGGGUGAUGGUGCGCAGGAUCACAAGAAGUUCACCUGAUAGUGAUGAUACAUUUGGUGAUAACGAAGCUGAAGAUGACUUUUCCACUAGAGAUGAUCGAUAUUUAGUUUCUGAUCGGACUGAAAACAAAUUUUAUGGAACUUUACAUGGUGCUGGAAGUGCAACUAGCACAGGUGGUGUAGUAGGAUCUACUGUAGGACCUAGUUUAGGAUAUAUUGGACGAAGACUUCAGGCUGCUACAUAUUUAUGUCCAUCAAUUUUUCCGUGGGUGGACACUGGUCCAGCCACUGAGGAAUCUGGAAUGUUCGUUAUGAAAAUGGUUGGAAAUUUGUACAUUUUAAUUAUAAUUUUCGAUUUAAUCAUAGUCCUUGGAAUGCACAACAUGACAGGCGCUACAACAUUUUUCUUUUUCGUAUUUUUAUUUGCUAUUAUAGGUAUACUGUUGGUUAUCUCAAGAAAACCUCAAAAUAGUCAAGAGCCGGCAACAUACGACUGGGAUCCGAAGAGCUCCUGGGAUCACCAGCAGCCAUCCUGGGCUCAGCCUCAGAACCAGUGGGGCCAACCUCAGCAAGCCAAGCAGUAUCAGGUUGAGCAACAGUACAACGUCGAAACUAAUAAUACGAAAUCUGUAAUAAACAAAAAUAAACCAGCGCCACCUACGGUUCCUGCUGCUCCUGCAGUUCCUGCGGCUCCUGCUACCGCCUCUGGAAUGUUUGUUCCAGAUCCUUUAGCCUACACCUGGGAUGAUUAG